AUGAGCCGCAACAAGACAACAAGACACAGGGGUGCAACAUAUCCACGACAGACCGUAAGCUAGCUGCCAAGACCAUCGUACGAGGUGGCGGGCGGGCAGACAUCUCUUUAUCUGUUGUGACGUCCAGGUUGCGUUUGACGAUCGUGUGCGGGUAGCCCCGUCGCAGUCUGUGACGGUGUCUAUGGACCAUGAGGCCAGCCCAGGUGGUGUGCUCUGUCGCCUCGUCGGCCUCCCGUCCACCAUACACAGCCUCGAGGACCAGCACUCGGAAGCCCACCGCCCGACGGCGGGGCGAUCGUGA